AUGGAUCCGGUGUUCCCCAAUCCAUCCCAGGACCCAAGUCAAGAGGAUGGCAUGGCCUCGGACGACUUCGACAUUGUGAUUGAGGCCAUGCUGGAGGCCCCGUACAAGAAAGAGGAGAGUGCAGCCCCCCAGGAGGAAAAAGAAGAAAAAGAAGUCAAGAAAGACAGCACCUCCAGCAGUAGCGGAGAAAGCAGCAGCAAAAAGAAGAGGAGCCAGAGCAGGAGCCACGACCACAGACACAGCCGCAGUCGGGACCGAGACCGCCAUCGCAGGCGCAGCCGUAGUCGGGACCGCUGGCACCGGAGCAGAAGCCGCCAUCGGAGCCGGAGCCGAGAUCGUAGGUGGGGCAGCCGUUCCGGCAGCAGAGAGCGCCGGAGGGAUGAGAGAGUGCGCUACCGUAGCCCCCCACCUCCUGGGUGGCGGUUCGGACAUAGCAAGAGUCCCUUAUACAGAGAGAAGAGUCCCCUCCGGGAGCCUUUGGGCAGCCUGAGCCCAGAGGAGCGUGAUGCCCGUACUGUCUUCUGUAUGCAGCUGGCUGCCCGCAUCCGCCCCCGUGACCUUGAGGACUUUUUCUCUGCUGUUGGCAAGGUACGUGACGUUUGGAUCAUCUCUGACAGGAACUCCCGUCGUUCGAAGGGCAUCACUUACGUGGAGUUCUGCGACAUCCAG